AUGUCUCUGUGCUCCUCCCCCUGUUCCAGGUACUCCCACUCGGCACACGUGAUUGGCCAGCGCCUUAUUCUUGUGGGAGGAGUCUGGCUGCAGGCAGAGGGAGUGCCAGGCGUGGCAGUGGUUGACCUGGCCACUGGGGGCAGUGUGGAGUACAGUCUGGACACUUCGGCCGUGCCCUGGCCUCUCAUGCUGCACUCCCAUCGCUCCGCGCCCCUGGAGGAUGGAGGGCCCGAGCUCUUGCUGGUCGGAGGAGGGGGCAACUGCUUCUCCUUCGGGACGCACCUCAACCCCUGUCCCGUCAGCCUGGACCUGCGGCCCGCACUCAGCUGAGGAGAGGGCCCCCACCCCCCCCCGCCUCAGCUCUGCUCGUGACUGAGCCUCCCUGCCUCCCUGUGCUGAGGCAGGCUCUCCGGACUUCUCUUCCCAGACUGACCGCCCAGCCAGGAGAGACCAUGAGCCCUCCUCUCUGGAGCGGACCCUGCACCACCCCUGAGACAGUACUUGUUACUGAUAGGUGUGAGCAUGUGUUUCCCAGCCUGCAGGGGGCGUCCUUCCCAGCUGCUGUACUAGCUGGUACUGACUUGCUUUAAGAGGCACCCCUGGCAGAGCUCUCCGCUCUGUGUACCCCUCAAACACUCCCGGCAGCAGCAGCAGCCUGGGUAACGGACACACACAAACACACACGACCGGCGCCGGCUCAAUAAAGACACACUCGGCCACA